GCCAGCCCCUGCGCCUGGAAUCCCCAGUUGUUAAGACGCACGAGUAGGGUUUGCCUCGACAGAUACUAGAACCACGCAUUAGGACAGCGGCCCCCACUGUGGUCCACACUCAGAUCCAUUCUCAGAGUAGAGUAACACAGCAGCCGGAGCCAUGUCAGUAGCAGGACUGAAGAAGCAAUUCCACAAAGCCACUCAGAAAGUGAGUGAGAAGGUGGGUGGAGCUGAAGGGACCAAGCUGGACUAUGAGUUUCUGGACAUGGAAAAGAAAGUGGACACCACUAGCAGGGCAGUGAUGGACAUCAUGACUAAGACCACUGAGUACCUGCAGCCCAAUCCAGCGACCCGAGCCAAGAUGAGCAUGAUCAGCUCCAUGUCCAAGAUCCGCGGGCAGGAGAAGGGCCCGGGCUACACCCAGACGGAGACUCUGCUGGGGGACUCCAUGCAGAAGUUUGGCCGGGAGCUUGGCGAGGAAUCCAACUUUGGCCUUGCUCUCCUGGACGUGGGAGAGGCCAUGCGUGAACUGGGAGAGGUGAAGGACGCUCUGGACAUAGAGGUCAAGCAGAGCUUCAUUGACCCCCUGCAGAACCUCCAUGACAAAGACCUGAAGGAGAUAGCGCACCACCUAAAGAAGCUGGAGGGCCGGCGCCUGGACUUCGACUACAAGAAGAAGCGCCAGGGCAAAGUCACCGACGACGAGAUCAAGAGUGCGCUGGAGAAGUUUGACGACACCAAAGAGAUUGCCGAGCUGAGCAUGUUUAAUCUGCUUGAGAGUGAUCAGAUCGAACAGGUGAGCCAGCUUGCCGCACUGGUGCAGGCACAGGUGGACUACCAUAGACAGUCCACCGAGAUCCUGGAGCGACUCUCCAGCAAGAUGGACGAAAGAAUAAGGGAGGCCUCUAACAAGCCCAGGAAAGAGUUUGUGCCCAAGCCUCGCACCUCCAUGGACUUCACUCCCAGUGAGAAUCACAACGGAGGCAUCGGUCACAGCGGCCCCUCCAGGUCUCCAGCUCCUAUGGAUCAGCCUUGCUGUCGGGCCCUGUAUGACUUCGACCCGGAGAACGAGGGGGAGCUGGGCUUCAAAGAGGGUGACAUCAUCACCCUGACCAACAAGAUUGACGACAACUGGUACGAGGGCAUGGUCCAGGGCCGCUCGGGCUUCUUCCCGGUCAACUACGUGGAUGUGCUGGUGGCGCUGCCUCAAUAAGCCCCGCCCCGCCCCGCCGCGCCGCGCCACCUCUCGCCUCUCCCCGCUGCCCCUCGCUCCUGCUGACCAAAACCAUCUCUGGUGACCCCUUCUCCCACAGAAGGAGAAGAGGAUGACAAAGACGACAAACAACGCCACCAAAAUGAAGAAAAAAAAAUACGGGAAAAAAAGAACAAAAAAAAAAAACAGCUGCCGCAGCAAAGCGCCAUGCCAUCAAGUGCAGAAUAAGGACAAUAUGAAGAGUUUCCGAAGACAAAGCAGUGAGGAUGAUGUUUUGCUUGCUGUUCUAUACAUGAUCAUCGAGUCCAGACCAUACUAGCUUUCUUUGGGCUUUGUUUGUUUGUUUUCUUUCGUUUUGUUUUGUCUGGAGGAGGAGGGGGAUGAGAUUUGGUUGGGUCUCAUGAGUGUAACGUCUGCAGUGACCGUCCCUGUCUCUCCUGGCUUUGUUUGGCUUUGUUUGCCUGUUUCUAUGGCAAUGUCAAAAUGGAAUCUGCUCUCUCUCUCUGCACCUUGUGAAUCCUUCUCUGCUAGUGUAUAGAACGCAACUAGUUCUGCUCCCCACGCUUACUUGGUUUUACUAACACUACACUAUAGUUUAGGCAUGUUUUACUUCACUGGCUUUUUCCAGCUGAUUUGGUCAAGCACUGAGCUUAAAAUAGAGACAAUUAUAGUUUAGAAUGGUAGCCUCUUGCAUGCUUCAGAUUCAGGAGGAAACAGGCGUAAGCGUUUCACACGCGUUAGUGUCACUGCGUUGUUCAUCCGCUUGUGUCUGUCACUCUCCUCAUUUACAUUGUAUUCACCACCAGACACAUUUGAGGUGCGGGAAGUAGACAGUGCUGCACCCAAGCUGGCCAGCAAGAUCAAUUGUCUGAGAUAAAUACAUGGUCCCUGGCAGUACGGUGUCUCCAUGACGUCUCCGAACGGACACUGUUGUAGUUUCAUUCCAUGCCAACAGUUCAUCUGUUUGUCAGAUCCAGUAGCUAUACGAUUGGUGAUUAAAUAUCUAUAGAAACAAAUUCAAGAUCAUGUGGAGUCUGUUUGAGUGACGUAAGCAAAACUUGAAACUUACUUUCCUACAAAACAUGCAAAAUAUAUGAAAAAAUAUAUAAAAAUCAAUCAGUGUUCUAUCUUAAAGAUGUCACAAUAAGUGUAGAAAUGGUAUUUGUGUUGUGCUAUAACCAGUAGAGAAAAUAUUGUGUUUUCAGAGUCAACAUACUGUAUUAUCUUGAGCUUCUUUGCUGAUCCAGGUUUUCUCUCAGAUCCCAGAUCACUUGUGUAGUUUCAUAGUAGAAUCUGCAAAAUAAACCAAUUUUUUGUUUGUUUGUUUUUUUCCUCUCACAAUAAGCUGAUGCCCCGGUAGAUCACUAGAGCGUUUUGAUCCUGGCGCAAACAUAAAGAUGACAUCAUGUGUCAUGCCACAGCAAAACUUUUAAACGUUUAAACAUCAACAGAUGACCCACCUCCAAAACUCUCAUUCUGUCACUGUGUCGGUGAGCUACAACCUGUAAAGGCCAGCACCUCUUCACACUUGGGGUUUGUGCAUCGCUAUGUGGAAAGAGCACGCAAAAUGCUGCAACCAUAACACAGUUCCAUCCUCGCAGGAAAUGGGCCGUUAGCCUAUGAGCACGCUUCAUUCUCAGAUCACUGGGUCUGUGUCAGAGAUGACAGGGCUUGCGUUUGUUCUCUACAGAUGAAUCUCGGUGGCAAACCAGGAGGCAUUUGACGAAGGCAGGAAUAACUAAUAUAUACAGGUCUGGGAAAUGCAUGUAACUGAGCCAGUAAUAUCAAUCACUUUUGAAUUAAAAAUGCUACAUACAGCAUGACCAAGAUGUGUGUGUGGGUGAGGUGUCCUUGACUGUGUCACCAUGGGGUAAAUGUUUAUAAAUAUAUACAGUAUAUUUUAUGGGUACAUUUUUAAUGUGUCAGUGCUUUUUUGUUGUGUUUCAUUGUAAUUCUCACAAAUGUGUCUUUGAAAAGGAGAGCGUGAAGUGUAAAGGACUGAGGAGUGUGACUGCAAAUGCUGAGGUGGAGUAGGCAUGCCGUUCAACCAACCCAAAUAGCCCCCAACUUCAACCCAUCAUUUUGAUUUUCAGUGUUUCAAAAAGCACAAUGUUUGGCCGAAUGUCCUGGGAUAGCUUUCACUGGCUGGGUACUUCCAUUUUCUAAAAGAAGCAUUAAUGUCCAUUAUUAUUUAUUCUUUUUUUUAACAAAUUGUAUCUUUGCCCUCAAUGAGGACAGCUUUACUGUGCUUUGUUUUCCUCGUGUGUGUAUGUUAGUCACGCAUUUACAGUAUUGUAUCUUAUUUUUGUAACAGUGACAAAAGUACAGUAUAUGGGUAUAGAUAUAAAUUAAUAAAUAUAUAAAUCUAUAUACACACACACACUCCGUAUGUUUAGUAAAAUGUUAAAGGAAGGGGUUUGUUGAACUGCAAACAUUUGUUGUCUUUGGAAUCUUCUUUUUCUUUUUUCUUUUGAUUUCCUUCCUGAAUUGGGUGACAUGCUUGAUGUGUAAAAACAACUAAAGUAAUUUCGAUGUAACUUAAAUAAAUACCAAGACACAGUU